AAGUUUCUCCAUGUAAGAGGGCAGGCGAGAGAGGGGAAUUUCCCCCCUCCCCACCACCGCUUUUUUUUUUUCCCACCCCUCUCUUCGCCUUCCCCUCCUCCUCCUCUUCCUCCCGGACUGGAUCUCCUCGCCCUCCCCCUUUGCACUUCGCGCGCACAGGUGCAAACAAGGCCCCGAUCCCCCCUCCAACAGAUCCAAAGCUCCAGCCUCGAUUCCCCCCCCCCCACUUCCACCCCCGGCAGGCAAGGCCGCCAUCCCGGGUCUGCUGCGCGGCGGCCAGACAGAGGGGCGCCAAGAUGUCUUCAGUGCAGACGUCCCGCAGACAAUGGUGCUACUUGUGCGACCUGCCCAAGAUGCCGUGGGCCAUGAUCUGGGACUUCAGCGAGGCCGUGUGCCGCGGAUGCGUCAAUUUCGAAGGCGCCGACCGCAUCGAGUUCCUCAUCGAGACGGCCAGGCAGCUCAAGAGGAACCACGUCCUGCAAGAAGGGCGAUCGCCGGGGCCACAGGGCUCCAAACACGCCAAGGAAGGCGCCGCCGCAGGGGCCCUGGAGAGAUAUGAGCGGGGACGCCUUUCAGGCAGCGGUGGAGGAGGAGGCGGCGACUACGCCCUCAGCCCCCGCCUGCCCAACGGCCUGGCACGUGCCUCCGACGAGGGCGAGGGCAGCCGGCAGAGCCCCACGGCCAGGAGGGCGCUGAUCGGCCCCGUGCCGCCCAGCCUGGUGCCCCAGGGGCUGAUGGGAGCCCCCCAGGGCCUGCUGGCCGCCGUGUCGGGCCUGGGGGGCCGGCCGGCCUCUCUGGCCAUGGCGUCGCCCAUCCUGGGAGAGCUGGCCAAGCCGGCGAGGGCGGCCUACGCGGACUACGAGAAGGAGAAGCAGCGCAACGCCGAGUGCCUGGCUGAGCUGAACGAAGCCAUGCGCGGGCGGGCCGAGGAGUGGCACGGCAAGCCCAAGGCGGUGCGUGAGCAGCUGCUGGCGCUGUACGGCUGCGCACCCUUCAACGUGCGCUUCAAGAAGGACCACGCGCUGGUGGGGAGGAUCUUCGCCUUCGACGCCGCGCCCCGGCCUGGCUAUGAGUACGAAAUGAAGCUGUUCACAGAGUACCCGUGCGGCUCGGGCAGCGUCUACGCUGGGGUCCUCGGAGUGGCCAAGCAGAUGUUCCAGGACUGCCUCAAGGACCCGGGCAAGGUCAUCUCGUCCGGAUACAAGUACCUGGAGUACGAGAAGCGCCACGGCACCGGAGACUGGCGCCUCCUCGGGGAGCUCUUCACCGAAGGCGUGCGCUUUUUCCGAGAGGCCCCGGCGCACGACGCCCUGCCCCAGCAGUUCCUGGACGGCAACUGCGCCAUGCCGCCCAGUCUGUUGCUGAGGGCCGUGCCCCCGUCGCGGGCCGUCAUGAGGAGGCGCAAGGCCUCUCCCGAGCCCGAGGGGGAGCUGGCCGGCAAGCUGACCGGUGAGGAGCAACAGCAGAGGCAGCACUGGCUGCCCCAGGGGUCGGGCGGCCUGUAUCCAACGGGCAUGGCCCACCUGCCUGCCUCAGCCGGCCAGGGGCCCUUGCCCGAAGGCUCCUUGCGGAACGACCCCUCGCCCAUCACGGCCCUCAAGAACGUGGCCGACACCCUGGGGACCAAGGAAGCCAACCCGGUCCACUCCACCACCGCCCGGCAAAACAGCGCCAGCCCAGCGUCGCCCGCCGCCUCAGGGCAACACCGCCUGGUCCCGCGAAACGGCGAGCCGGGUCCAGCGACCACCACCUCCUCCUCUUCCUCCUCCGGGGCCCACUCUUCUGGGGGAGUUGAGCCCAGCGGUACGCAGAGCGCCCCCGAUUCCUCGGGGGCUGCCAGCAGCGCCCCUCUGUGUUGCACCAUCUGCCACGAGCGCCUGGAGGAUACCCACUUUGUCCAGUGCCCCUCGGUGCCCGGGCACAAGUUCUGUUUCCCUUGCUCCCGGGAUUUCAUUAAAGCCCAGGGAGCCGCGGGAGAGGUGUAUUGCCCCAGCGGCGAGAAGUGCCCCCUGGUGGGCUCCAACGUCCCCUGGGCCUUCAUGCAGGGGGAGAUCGCCACCAUCUUAGCCGGAGACGUUAAAGUAAAAAAGGAGCGUGAUCCCUGAAUAGGGAGGGGGGCAGCCGCUGGGUCGUGGGAUGCCUGCGCACCCUUCGAAACCCUCUCCCACCCGCCGUGGCAGUGACUGGAAUUAGUAACUUAUUCCCCGCCUGACACCCUCUUCAGCCAGCCGUGGACUGGGGCGAUCAUUGUACAUAAAUCUAUUUUUUAAAUAAUAUUUCCAUAGCAAGCUUAUAUAUGAAGCCACAUCUAUGUAACCUACUACGAGGGUCUGGGAAGGGCGGGGUGGGUGUUGAUUUGCGGGGAGGCGGGGGUCUCUUUAAACGGGAGGGCAGGGGGAAAGAAUAUGGCGGCGUCGGAAUCGGGGUGUCUUCGAAAGGGGUGGGGCAAAUCGCACAGCAGUUGGGAUCUCGUUGUUAAUGUGUUUCAGGGACUUCCCCAGCCGCUAGGAGGUGAGUGCGAGUUCAGAGCAGUCGGGGGGGGCAGGGAGAGAGGCAGGACUCUGAGCAGCCACACCGCAAAGGGCUGAACCCAAUUUUCAGGCAUGUGGCUGUGUGGUUGUCAGCUAAGGAGGCGGCAUGGGAGCUAGGCAUGCGCCUAGUGGGCGCCUGCGCCAUCUCCCGCCUUAUGAGCGAAUCUGUGCUGCCCGGUUAUUGCUGGAGCACCUAGGAAUUGCCACCAGACUCUCAGGCCAAUGGUCCACUUAGCCUAGCACCUUGUUGCUGUCCACCAGAGGCUUCUGGGAAAUUCACAAGCAGGGCAUGAAGGCGAGAGCCUUAGGCCCCGGACUUGGUCUUCAGAGAGAGGCUGUUUGUAAAACACGGAGGGGGCAUUUCGAUUGCAUGGAAGGGCAAUCCUUCGGGAAGGGCCGUAGCUCACCAGCUUCAAUCCCUGACAGCAGAGAAGCACUGCCAGUCCGUGUAGGCAGCAUUGAGCCCUCUGGAAUCAAGCCCCAAGCCAGGGUCUUUAGCCCAUGCCUGGAUAGGUGUGAAGAUGGGUUUGUAGAAGUCCAAGUGUCCCAGCCAACACACACACACAACAGAUCUCCACUGAAACACGUUCCCCUCUGGUGGAUAGCCUGCUCUUCCUCUCGCUCCCGGACCAAACGGCCUUGCGACCCUGAAAUCUUUGUGGGCGUCCUUUAAUCCUGGGUGCUGUGCCCCAUUCCCACCCCAUCCCACCCACAAGUAUCUCCACCAGCUCAUCUGUUUCUUCCAGCGCCCCUCCUCCCCGGACAUUGUGUAUAUAGGACAGUUUCUAAAUCCGUGCAGUUUUACAUAGAGUCCCAGAUUUCUGUAACUAACCAGUUUGGACACUUGUCUCAUUCUGGGCAGGAACAGGGCGGGCAGGCGGGAGGCAGGAAAGCAAUGUGGGAAUCAUAUAUUGGGGGGGUGGCAGGGUGUGGGGAGGUGGUCUAGAAAAUUAGGGGGUGAUCGGGAGAGAUGGAAAUGGAAGAAGUGCCUCUUGUGUAGAUUUUUUUUGUUGUUGCUGGAGAGGGCGGAGGGUAUUUUUUCAUACCAAAAGAUUUUAAGCAUGCACACCAAAAAUAAAAAAGAGCAUUUUUUUUUAAAGGCCGCUCAGGAGAGAUCCCUGAAUUGGCAAAGUGACAGAGUGACACACACACCUGUUUGGAUUUUAAUUCCUAGCCCCAACUAAGAUUAAAACAUUGCAGAGACUGGGCAGUAUUCUCCUGAGCAGAUUAUGGGGGUCUGUGUUCCAUAGAAAGGUGGUCCUACAUCCGUGAGUUUUCAUGGGAGGGUUGGCCAGCACCCACCGGUAUAUGACUUAAGGUGCCGUGAAGCUAACUGGUUUUAUAUCAGUUUCAUUCAUGGGCAGAUGGUUCUGCCAACCUUGUAUGUGUGUUGCAAUCAUGAUUUUUUUUUGGGGGGGGAGAAGCAGAGAGGACAGGGGCAGUUUGGAUUCCCACAUUUAAGACCGCGGGGAGGGGGAAGAGAGAAUGUUAAAAUUUGUUUUUUAUUUGUAUUUCUUUUACUCGUCUCUGUCAAUAAACUUGAUUAUCUUUUUUUUCCCAUUUACUACU